AAACACGGAUCUCUACCCAUCGUUUUAUGCUGCUGUCAAUGUGUGCCUGUUAGACUUCGACCAAUUCAUCAUGAAUCCAUCACCGCUCCGUACACUCAUAUCCCGUCGAUCCUGCAGUUGCAGAGCCUCACAUCACCACCCGUCUAUCACCCGCUUGCUCUCCACCAGCACCAGAUCCGAUGCCUCUCACGCUUCGCCUGUCCCUGCCUAUGGCUCCUCCGAGCUCCUCAAGCGCCGCUAUCAGAAAACAACGACACCAGCAAAUGACGUGAAAACCGAAAGAGCAAGAACAAUCAAGCGCAUGAAACUAUCCGGCUACGGAAUCGCAGCCUGCACCAUCGCCAUCAUUGGCACAAUCGCGCUGUAUCCUCAAGACGGACAAAACAAACAAGACAGGUCGAAGACUGUACAGCUCGACGCGCCGCCAUCUAUAGCUGGCACGCUCGACCCCGGCUCUAAAGUAGCAGACGUUGAACAAGUCCCGACGGGAACAUCCACCAUCCCAACCUUCCCUCGUGUAAUCCAUAUCUCAACCGACGCUCCUAGCUCGACGCCCGCCGCAGCCAACGAAGGGACACAAAGCGAUGUCGAGUACCAGCUAGUCGGGCUCGGUAUCCGCACAGUCUCACUCCUCAGUAUCCAAGUAUACGUCGUCGGCAUGUACAUUGCGACAUCCGACAUUGCGGCAUUGCAGGCACGACUGGUCCACGCCGUUGCUGACCCCGUGGCCACGACCCUUGUGCCCGCCGAGAAAGACAAGUUGAAGGAGCUGUUGCUGGAUCCGGAGCGCGGCGAGGACGUGUGGAACGACAUCGUCAAGGACGCCGGCAUCAGGACUGCUUUCCGCAUCGUGCCCACACGCAACACGGAUUUCAUGCAUCUACGGGACGGCUUUGUGAGAGGCAUCACGGCCAAGAGUUCGCAUUUCGCCAAGGACAAAGGCGACGCGACGUUCCAGGACGAAUCGUUCGGCCAGGCGCUCGGGGAGUUUAAGAGUGCGUUUGGUGGAGGUGCCAGGCGGAAGUUGGCCAAGGGCGAAGUGUUGCUUCUUGCGAGGGAUGCGCAGGGGAAAAUGGCGGUUUGGGAAGAGGACAAGGCUGGCAAUAGGGUCAAGAUGGGCAAUGUGGUGGACGAAAGGGUGGGACGGUUGCUCUGGCUGAACUAUCUCGCUGGGAAGAACGUGAGUAGUGAGCCGGCACGACAGAAUGUGAUUGAUGGGGUCAUGGGGUUUGUGGAAAGACCGGUGGGCACGGUAGCGACGCAAGUUUUAUAGGGUAACAGUCCAAGAAGUGAAUGACGGUAGGUGCUGCUGUGUCAAAUUAGGUGGCAACGGUUGCGAGAGACCACAGUCUGACGUCCGGCAAGCUGCUCUUGUCAAGUGUCGGAAAGGUGCGAAUGUAUUUCUGGUCGUCCUGUAUAAUAUGUUGGUAUGUCAUGAUGGGGCGAUAUCCCGACAUCGUCUCGAACGCCACUCAUUGAUACAUUACAUAUAAGAGUAACUCGACAAGAUCAAAGCUUGAACGACAA